AUGGGAAAUCUUCGAGGCUCUCAACAACUAUCCGACACAUUUGUCAGUCUACCGCGAAGAGAAAAGGGACCCGAAUAUCGCAGACCGCUAUGUGGGAAAAUCAGUUAUCAUACGGCUGUACUGAUCAUCGCUACUUUAGAGGGAGCAUUUUGGCUCUAUGAAUUUAUACUUUUCCUUUUCAGUAUCAUUCAUCAUCACAAAUGGUGGAGCCUUUUGCUGACAGGAAUCGCCCUAAUACUCACUUUCUUUGCUAUAGGCUGUCUAGUUUACGGAGCUCUCAAUAAACGACCAGGAUUCGUACAGAUUCACUUGAUGUAUAUGAUUGUUUCUAUAGCAUGGUUGCUAGCAUUGGUACUUGGAUGUCUCGCUCUUACAGUAUUACCGUAUCCAACAGUCAAUAACUAUUUUGGCUAUGAUGGUAGUCAAAAAGAUGCUCGAAUAUUCGCUAUUGUGAUGGUUUGUGUUCUUGUCUUGAUGAUGAUAUCAAGGAUUUUUAUGACAAUUGUCAUCUAUCGUUAUUGGAGAAUUGUCAAAUAUCAAGUCACUCGGACAGAGAGUCUUGUU